CUGUCGGUGUUGGUGGGAAUUUUUCAUUUAGUCAAGGUACGUCUGCGUAGAGAUGGCAGCAGUAAUGCUACGUGACGUCACCGCGGCCAUGUUCCCCCCCCAAUUAACACAGCUUCAGGUCGAUGGGAGUGUUCGCGAUCUUCGCGAUGUUACGGACACAAGUAUUGGAGUUUAGCUGGAGGUUGAAGAUUGAGUGUAGAAGGUGUAAACAUCUCUCGCCCGACGAACUAGGACAUAAACUUUCCGCUGACGUUCGUCAGAGAUUGGCUAAUGGACCAGGACUACAAGAAUUUCUUUCUAAUCCCUCAAGGAACUGGGAUGGUUAUGAUGGGAAAUUAAAACGCGAGAAAGGAGAAUCUGAACGAUUGAGGUUGCCUCCAUGGCUUAAGACAACCAUCCCUACUGGCAGUAACUAUGCCCGUAUUAGAGACCAGCUUCGGCAGUUAAACUUGCAUACAGUAUGUGAAGAGGCACGCUGUCCAAAUAUUGGAGAAUGCUGGGGUGGUGGCAAGCACGGUAGUGCUACAGCCACAAUUAUGCUUCUUGGAGACACUUGCACCAGAGGAUGUCGGUUCUGUUCAGUGAAAACAUCCCGUGCACCUCCUCCUCCAGAUCCCAGUGAGCCAGUUAACACUGCAACAGCCAUUGCUGCUUGGGGAUUGGAUUAUGUUGUUCUAACUUCUGUAGAUAGAGAUGAUCAGCUAGCUAAGAAUGACUUGUCUCACUUCCCGAGGUUAAAUUCAAUAGCCCCAGUGAUGAAGGACAAGCUUAGGAGCUACGAGGAUAGCCUGAGAAGACUCCGUGGUGAAUUUGAACGAAGAUUUCAAGACUUCAGUGCCAUUGAAAAAGACUUGGAUGUUUUCAGUAUGCCUUUUAAUGUAGACUGUGAAACAGUGAAACCGGACUUGCAACUUGAAUUAAUUGAGUUGCAAUGUAACACUCAACUCAAACAGUUGUUUCUCAAUGUCCCAAAAUUAGAGUUCUACAAGUCCUUGUCAAAAUCCAGUUUCCCAAAUCUGAUAUCUCAUGCCCAGAAAGUCACUGCUAUGUUUGCUUCAUCCUAUAUAUGUGAACAGGUGUUUUCUACAAUGAAACUUCGAAAGAGUUGUAUUAGAAACAGACUGACAGAUGAGCAUUUAACUUCACUUCUGAGAAUCAGUGCAUCCCAGUUCGAACCAGAUUAUGAGAAAAUUUUGGAAAUGCAGUCACAGUUUCAUUCAUCACAUUCUCCUUCAUAAUCUUUCAAUCAUUAAUAGGGCUUAGUAUUACAAGAAUUUUGUAAAAUCUACCAUUAAUGUUUUUAAUAAAUUAUAUUGGCCUGCCUAAAGUUUUUUCUUUUUUCUUUGGCCCCCUCCUAAAAAAGUUUGCCCAUCACUGGCCUAGUCAGUUAUUCCUUUCACUAUUGAUCCCUGUCUGCUGGAAACACUGAGGGCACAUUAGCUGAAUGCAGUUGCACAGAAAAAUCCUUGGUACUUUCACGGAUUACCCUCACAUGACCAUAGGUGUAGAUUGUGUGAAAGCUUGUUCCAUCCCAUGCACGCACAUGUAAUUGACAUUGAAAUGAUCUGUUCAGGUGUGGCAGAUAUAAAGGAAAUAUGCGAAGCCAUCCUAAUCAUGCAAAGGGUUAAGCACAGAUACAACCUCACCCUUUACCUGUGUAUAGUAGACUAGUGGUGGCACCUGUUCCACAUAUUGCAUACUGCUUAUUUUGUCACCAUUACUGGGCAGCAGAAAAGUUACAUGAGUAAAGCCCAUAUAUGCAAAUAUAUAUAGAGAUCAUACUAGUAAAGAAUAUAAUUUAAUGCAAGGAACAAUUGAUAUUUGGCUGAGAU